AUGAGCUUUUACCAUCCAUAUCCACCACAGCAAUAUUGGCCUACUACUCCUGGUACUCCACCACCUAUCCAACAACAGCAACCAAUGUUUAUGCAACAUGCUUUUCAACCACAACCUUAUCUUUAUUCACCGCCAAUGCCAUCACCUGCAAUGGGUUAUUAUUUCCAACCAAUGCAUCAUCAGCAGACACCACCACAACCACAACCAUUGAUCCAGCAACAACAACAACAGCCUCAUCGUAUGCCCAGCCGAUGUCAUUCAGCUGAAGUCCUGGUAUCUAAAAACAGAAUAUCACGGCCACUUGUGCCGCCUGGACAUCAUUAUCCACAAGUGAAAGCCGCUAACGCCGCUACCUCGCACCCAUCCAUGGCUACCAUUGCUGAAGAACACCGCCGUUCGCUAGCAGAUGAUAAUGUCCCUUUGGCUAUACUUGCUUCUCGCAACAAAAGCCAAGAAUCUGUUUCUGGUAAACAGCGACGAUCCAUCAGCUACAGCAACUUGAGAACAAAUCGAUCAUCAUCCCCAAAUCGUCUCGUUCGCAUGGAUCCUAGCUGUAGUAAUAGUAGUAGUAACAUGAUCAAUCCACGAAAUGCCCCACCAAUCACACCACCAGGCAAUCAUAGUGGACCACCUUCUUUAAGCAGUAGCAGGUUCAGCAGCACCACCAGCAGUAGUAAUAGUGAUGCUACUAGUAGUGUGGGCGAAACAGCAUCAAUAACGUCUUCUUCAUGUCCACCCAAACAUGCCAACAAGCCAUCUAUUGCCAAGCGUUUAAUGAACCGCCUCUCUCGUUCAACAUCUACCACAAAUAUUCAACAGCACCAUUAA